AUGAACACACUUCUGUUCUCUCCACCAGACAAACAGCAGAAAGAGGUGUGGAGUUCGCGGCUGCAGAAGUGGGUGUACGAGCGCUUCGGGGUCUACAUCGAGGACUUCCGCUUCCAGCCGGAGGAGAGCACGGUGGAGGCUGAGGAACCACUAAGUGCUAAGAGGUUAACAGAAAAUAUGAGGCGACUCAAGCGAGGAGCCAGACCUGUCACCAACUUCUUGAGGAACCUCUCCGCCUUAUCCAAUUGGCACUCCGUCUACACCUCAGCUAUUGCCUUCAUAAUCUACAUGAAUGCUGCUUGGCAUGGCUGGGCCAUUCCCAUGUUACUCUUCCUGGCUAUCCUGCGCUUGUCCUUAAAUUACCUCAUUGCCAGAGGUUGGAGGAUCCAGUGGAGCAUUGUGCCUGAGGUCUCUGAACCCACGGAGCCUCCGAAGGAAGACUUGACUGUAUCGGAGAAGUUCCAGCUAGUACUUGAUGUCGCACAAAAAGCACAGAACCUGUUUGGGAAAAUGUCAGAUGUUUUGGAGAAGAUAAAAAACCUGUUCAUGUGGGUGCAGCCGGAGAGCACCCGGAAACUUUACAUCUGCCUGUGGGUGGCUUUCAUCACCUCCUGCGUCCUUCCAUACAAACUAAUGGGCUUCAUGAUGGGCCUGUAUGCCGGCAUCAAGUUCUUCAUCAUAGACUUCCUGUUUAAGAGCUGUCCGAAGCUGCGGGACAAGUACGACACGCCGUUCAUCGUGUGGAACAGCCUUCCCACAGACCCUCAGCUCAAAGAGAGGACCAACGCCACUGUGUCCCGGCGGAUUCAGCCGGUGGUUUCUCGCAGCAGCCUCGCCACGGUCCCUUGCGGGCUGAGCAGGGAGGAGGACACGGGGAGCGCCCGCAGCACCAAGAAGGGAGCCUUCCACGAGAUCUUCAGCCUGCUGGAGUCAGAGCGCCCUCUGGCGGUGUGUGAGAACGGCUGGAGGUGCUGCCUGAUAAACAGAGACAGGAAGAUGCCCACAGACUACAUCAGGAAUGGAGUGCUCUACGUCACAGAGAAUUACCUGUGCUUUGAGAGCUCCAGCUCCAGAUCCAGCUCCUCUAAGAAGAAUAAGGUUAUCAAGCUGGUGGACAUCACUGACAUACAAAAGUACAAAGUGCUGUCCGUCCUACCAGGAAGUGGGAUGGGCAUCUCCAUAGCUACUCCUUCCACUCAGAAGCCAUUGGUGUUUGGUGCCAUGAUCCACAGAGACGAGGCUUUCGAGGCCAUCUUCACCCAGUACAUGAAGAUCAUGACCACCACCAAACCUCCGGCCACCGCCGAGCUCUAGACAGCCCGUAUCCCAGCAACAGACCUCCAUACUGGGGCUAAAGUGGAGCGGAGAGCCUCCUGAGAUUCAACUGGACUAGAACACACUUCUUGAAAAACAAACCCACCACACUCCUCCUCCCUUGGUGGAUUUCCUUGGAGGGGACAUGCGAGUGUGUGUGUAGCUGGGAUUAAGUUACAUCACACACUUUGUUGAUUGUGUUGGAUUAAAAAAAUCCAAGUUCUGAAGAGGAGCGAGGAUUGGUGUGGCUUGUUGGGGGGGGGGGAGCUGGUUCUCCUCUCCCACCUCACUGACUGACUGGCUGGCUGACUGGAUUCCUGACGUACUUGUUUCCGUGUUUGCAUGUGUGAGUGCGUGCGGGCAGAAAUGAUGGUCUUAAAUAGCGUCAAGUGGCUCUGUUUUUUCUCCUAAGUCAAGGAGUGACUUCUACUGUGGUAGGAAGAUUUCAAGUAGUGCUCAACUUGGCCGUCAAACGAAUAUCCUAAAGCAAAUGGAAGACAAACAAGAGGUUCUUUUAACUGCCAGACAUCUGUAGGAACAAAUAUGAACAUGUUAGCUUUAUAAAUCAGCGCAUAAACAACUACUGAUGUUGAAAUAUUUAGACAGCUGGCUGAUCGGUGCCUAGUGGCUUAGCCCGACUAAAUUAUAUGAGUGUGAGGUGUUUUUAAACAAUGUGUUUAGCUGUGAAGUUGUCAUUCUGACUGACACAGAGCCUUUCUGUUAGUUUACAUUGCUGCUGCUGUCUAAUUAUUAUUUUCCUUUUUUCUAGACACAUUUCAGCAGCGACGCUAUGUUUUAGUCUUCUCUGUUGAAGUAACAGACAAUGUACGCAGCAUCCGCUUCGGUGUUCGUAAGUGUGCGUACGUGAAACGUGUCGUGACAUGUUUUUAUUCUUUUCAAAAUGCCUUUCUUUUGAAGAAAAUGUCUCUUUGUAACAAACAGCCUUUGGGACUGCUGAUCCUGGAGCUGCUGAUUGCGUCCAAGACGAGAGCACAACCACUGUUAGACGUUUGAAACACUGACUGCCAUUUAAAACUAGAUCUAAGCUAAUCCGCUUCUCUUUUCAAGGCACAAUCUGUACAUAUAUAGAGAUUUUCGUUUUUCUUCUAUUGAUGGUAUUCUCCCUGCACUUUACUAGAACUUUAACUGGAUAGAUGUUGCAGACUCGACUUUAAAGGCUCAUAAAUUCAGCUGGAAUCCAUGGUCAGUGUUGGCAAAUAGUCUCAAACUGCUACUUGUGUUAUGUAUUUCUCUUAUUUGUCUGUCGACUUGAGCCAGCAGCUCUCACAUCCUGCUGGUCUCAGUGCAUAGUAAAUGAGCACUGUAUUAGUACACAGAUAGCCAGGAAACCUUCAAACUGACCAUAAAAGAACAAGGUACUUGAAUGAAAUGAAACCACUGGUUUAUGUUCCGCUAAGUCCUCUAAAACAUUGAGUUAUUUUAGCCUUUGAAUUAUAAAUCAAACCUUAAAUGUCCAUAUGAAUCUUUCCGAUUGGGUGAUUUCACUUGCAUAAAUACACAGGUGGUCAAGCUGCUUGAGGUCAAAUAAGCCGUAACAAAAACAUAUGGAUUUAUUUGUGUAAAUCCAUUUCUAAAAUUUAAAUCUUUUUGCUUUUUUCCCACUUAUAUGUUAUGCCACAUGUGUAGGGUGCUCUUCCACUUGUUCCAGAUCAUUUCAAUGUAAGCUUCUUUUUUUUUUAAUAUGGUUAAAGGUCGAACAUAAAGUCUCAACGUCACUUUAUUUUAAAGACGCCGUUCGCGAGAAUAAAGCCGGUCUUUACUCUCGCGGAAUGGUUUUGAUGUGUAGAAAUACGAUGCCAAAUGACAUCAGACACGUCUCUGUGUUUUUGGAGAGGGAUGGAGAUAUGAUAUGGGACAGCAGGUCGUGAUUUCUCGUCGGAUUUUAGAGACAGAGUAGCUAUUCCACUGUACGCCCAGCAGCACAAGCUUUAGUUUCUUAUAUGUAAAUCUUUCAAAAAAACACUGUUAAAAAGGGAGACCUUGACUUUUAUAUUUUUGUUUUAUUCCGGUCAUUUUUACCCACUGGAUACUUCCAAAUCACACUCAUGAAAUUAUUAUUUCCCGUACUUAAAAAUGUCAAGGUUUCUCUCAAAGUCUAUACAAGUCCUCUUAUCAUCAUUAGAAGCAAAUUAGCUGGAUAUGAAGUUGCCUUGGAAGCAAUGGACCAGUUCAUAGACCCACUUUAUUAUUUUUAGUUCAAACUAAUUAAGGAUGGAGUAUUUUCUUUGACAUCCAUCUGUUUGAUUUGGCCUUCUAUGAAGAGGCCGCCUUUCCCAGACAUGGAUUUUUCUAUUUUUGUUGAGGAAUAAAUUGGAUCCAUGAGCAGGGGGAUAUUAGAGCAGGUGAACGCUGUCUCACUGUGUGAUUUGGUGGCUCGUUGUAGUCUCUAAAGCUUUUACCUGACGCCUUUUGUAAUCUGUUAACUCUGAUAGCAGACCCUAACAAGGCUGCGAUCAGAAAAGCACAGAAUGUAUCACUUUAAAUGUACAAAUAUAUAUUUUUCUUUUGCCAAAUCUUUCAUUUUCUGUCUGCCAUAUUCUGCCUAAGCUCAUGUUUACAGAAUUGUUCUCUUUCUCGUAACCCAGUUUGAAUUCCUUUGACUCCGGAGUUAUGAAGACUGGACUGCUGUUCUUGAAUAAAUGACUCUGCUCUCAUUGGCUCCUCCACCAGUCACAUGACUAUUUCUGCUCACCUGCUUUUAACCAAUAGGAAAACUUCAAUCGUUGCGACAACAAAAGCAGUAUUUUAAAACCUCAGUGUUUUAUUUUAUUUGUUUUAUCUAACAUCACAGUACUUGGUAAGUGGAAGUAAAACGUUCUUCAUACAGAGCAGAUAUGGUCAUUGUGGACUGAAAAGGCAACAUCAGUGUUUUUGACAGUUUGUCUAUUGUGACCUCACGAGUGCAGAGAAAAGCAGAAAUAUGAUAAAAGUUCAACUUUUUUUUUUAAAUAAAUCAAUGUGUGCAUAUUACUGUAAGGACACUGGAGAAAGGCUUCAGCUAAUUUUAAAGAAACCUUGUGACAUUUUGGGAAAUGUUAAAGCUAAUGCUAGCAGCCGCUUAGCAACUGUACUGACUGUAGCUUAACAUGGAAAUGUGAUAGUUUGUUGUUCAGUUGAAAUGUUGUUGUCACUUUUUAGUUAUAACUUUUUAAUCCAAGCUAAAUAAGUUCUUAUUUAAUUGCAUUUCAAGACAUAGGUCAGAAGCCUUAACUAUAGCACUAGCUAUUAAAAAUGUAAACCUUUGUUAUAUAAUUUUUAAACAGUGAGAGCAUACAAAAUAUCCACAUAUUCCAUAAUAUUCCCAAGUUAUCACAACUGUCAACAAACAUUGCUUGACCUGGGAUGGUUAAAAGCACAUUUUUGUUUCUUAAAGGCCACUAAAAGCAGCACAUGUACAAUAAAUAACAAUAUUAAUGUGUGGUCAGACCCAAAGCAGAUUCUCACCUCGGUAGCUACAUGAUUGUUUGAGACAUUUAGUUUUUAAUAAGCUUUUAACCAAUUAACCUUUUUGAAUUGACAGCAGCGCUUUCAGUCACCAGUAGGCCUAUACGGAGGUUCAGUGAUACAGAAUGAGUCUAUAUUAGCUUAAAAAUACUAGAAAGCUACGAAUGUUUCUCAAAAUAUGUUUGAGAGUGUACCUGCUGUUAUUAGAACUUGUCAAAAACAGCGGUGUUGUCCUCUAAAUGUUCCCCAGCUUUGAAGCUGCUGUCCUCGCUGUUGUGUUAAUGAUAUCGCUCCUUUAACUGUGUUACUGUUGAUUACGGGGUUUUAAAAGCAUUUGAAUCAUCAAGACCGAGUACAGCACUCACUGUACCAGAGACACAUUGUCUCAAGGCUUCAAACAGCCUGACAUAAUUUAUUUUAUUUUAUUUUAUAGCAUUUAAAAAUGAAUCCUGUCCAGUCCUGUUUUAUGGACUGCGUCAUAAAACUCGGUACAGUCAGAUAUUGGAGAAACAUUGCAGUCAUUACAGCGUUUUAUUCGUUUGUCAUCUGUGACUUCCUCUUUGUUUUCUCCAAUUUUCUUUUGUCAAAGAGGAAUUUGUAUACAAAUGAUUUAAAUGUACAGUGAAUAAAACAAAAACCACUGAGUUUUUAAGAGA